AUCCCAAAUUUACGACUUUACCUCACACUGCUUCUCUCCAUUAAGCAGCUCUCUCCUCCUCACCACGACAGAAGGCAGACCAAAGAACAUGGAAACACACGAGGACGAGAUCGACAACCACGACACCACCGCUUCCUGGACCUCCGCCACAACCUGGACCGUCGCAGGCGGUUCCCUCACGAAUUGCGUCUCAUUCGAAUCCUCUUUCUCUCCGAUCGAUGACGAGACUCCGAAAUCCACCCCUGCAUCCUCUCUUAUCCUGCACCCUCCAUCACCCGAUUCGGGCCCUUGCGAGAUCACCGUUAAUUUUACACAAAAACAUGAGGUCCAGCAGGUUUAUGUUCGAAGUACUGCCCGAGUCUAUGAGAUAUACUAUGCACCCGAUAUACAGAGUGGCAAUGAAUAUCUCUGCACUGUUCGCUGUGGCAUUGCUGCCCGAGAUGAAGAAGUGCUUCACACGGGUGACAAUGAAGAUGUUCGUUCUGCAAAUUCAAAUGGGUCGCUGAAGGACCCAUCCGAAGAUAAGUCAAGAAAUGGAAAUAGUCUGAACAGCAGUGAAGAUGACUGGGUUGAAGUGAAAGUCUCAGAUAGUAAUGUGCUUGAUAACAAAAUCAAUUCGUUGCAAUCGAAUUUGGGAUCUGCACAGGAUUUUUAUGAAGCUACAGCACAGAUUAGUGAUGCAAGUCCUUGUGUAUCCCUCACACUUCGUCUACUGUCGCUUGAGAGGAAAGAUUGUGUAUGUGUUGGUGAGGUGUAUGUAUUUGCUGAUCCUGUUGAUACAUCUGAUUCAGAAAACCAAGUUAAUACUGUGGAAAAUUCGGUUGGGAGUUCUCUCAUGGCCAUGCUUGUGCCUACUCUUUUACAAUUUUCUAAAACAAGGGGUGCUAACGGAACACAAGACAAGCCAAUUUCUGAUACAUGGGGAAAACAGAACUCUCUAGUGAUUGGGUCAAAAGAAACUGAUUCUACCAGUGUGACAACUAAGAUUCAGGAGCAAGGAAAAGCCAGUAUACCUGAUCACCAAGAACAAGAAGUAAAGGUUCCAGAUGUUAAUAGGGCUACUACUAGUACUGCUCAGUUAUGUAUCCCGUCACAAGUUGAAAGCUCUGUCAACCAGCUGUAUUCUCGAAUGGGCAGAAUAGAGGAUCUAUUUUUAAGGUUUGAAGAAAAGAUGCUAAAACCAAUGAGCAGCAUUGAGGCAAGGCUUGAAAGGGUAGAGCAGCAACUUGAAGUACUGGUAAACAAAUCGCAGAAUUCUGGAUUGCCAACAUGCUCAAGAUUCUAUGCUUCUUCUUUCUCGUGCAAUGAGUCUGAGUCUAACUCUUUCUAUAAUAGUGGAAAUGAUUAUCCCCGUUGUGAGGCAUUUGAAUCAGGUAAGAAGGACAUUCAAUCAGAUGCACCCUUGACUGCACCUAAUGACAUGUCUGCUUCAGUAUAUUCUACUCAUUUGCUUCCAAGUCUGGUAGUAACUGCUCCUGAAUUUUCAAACGGUGAUGAUGACGAUGAGGAGGACGAAGAAGAUCAUACAUCAGAUGUAGUGAUAGGUUCAUCAGAAAAACCAAGGCCUGCUUUGACAAUUGAUGAUGCUUUAGCAUCUGCACUAGCUGGAUUCAUGUCUUUGACUUCAACCCAACCAGAGAAACAUGCUCAAACUCUUUCGGUUAAAGCUCCUGAUUUUUUAAAUGAAGAAGAUGGUAGCAUUGAGAGAAAAGAAUCAACAAGAGUGGAACAUGAAGCAGACACUGAUUCUUCCAUGUGCCUUGGUGAAACUGGUGUGACAGAGAACAUAAAAGGUUCACUUGCUGAUUUGACGAAAAAUUCUUCAGAGGGUGAGGGGAAUGUAAUAAAAUCACCUAAUGAUGAGGAAACUGAUAAAACACUCUUAGUCGAUGGACUGGACCAGCAUUAUGAGGGUGGAGAAGGAGGAAAACUUGAUGAUGACAAGAGCAUUGACAAUGCAGUUGAUCCAGCCAAUGGUGGCAUGUCUAGAACUGAUUUUUGUCAGAUAACAGAAGAUAUUGAAAAUGAAGACAUCAGCACUGAGAUACGCAACAUUCUGGACCCUGACAACGCUGAUGUUCGAACCAGUUGCCCCAACAUCAGACUGAUGAUGGAUAUGAUAACACGCAGGAAGAUGCUAAUACAGAUUCUGAUUUAACGCCUCCAAAGGAAGUGACAGAAGAGAAAUCCGACAAAGAUGCUUUGAAGAAUAUCCUCGAUUUUUCACAUGCUGCUUCUGUGGUGGAUUUUGAUAUUCCAGUUCUGGAUGUGAAAUUCACUUCUCAGGAUAGCUGCAAUAAUGGCUAUUUUUCUCUCGAAGCCCUUUUAACCGAGUUGCCAGAAUCAGUGACCGAAGCUCCUUCGGUAAAGAAAAGUGACGAGGUGCUCCCAGUUGGCUCUGACGGACAUGACUUAAUUUUGGUGGAGGACAGGGAGCCAGUUGGUCCCGCCUCUGAGGGUAAUUUUUCUGUGGAUAUGGAUUUCUAUAGUAUCGGAGAACCUUUGAGCUUGUGGGGUGACCAGACAUGCAAUAGCCAUGAGACAUUUGCAGCAAGUCUCAUUUGAUAGUGCAUAAGUUUGUUCACAACUUUGUUGCUAUGUACAUAUAUUUGAUUUGAGCUAGACGUAAUGUACUGAUUGUUUCUUUUCU